AUGGCGACCGUGAAAAGUGUUACUGUGAGAGAUAUUGCUGUUUGGAACAAAGAAAAAUUCGAGGAAGGGUUAGGGUUUGCGAGGACAAUGUUUGGGAUAAGUUCGAUGCACGAAGAGCAGCUGGAGGCUUUACGACAUUUUUUCCGAGGAAAACAUUUGUAUUUCAGCGCACCAACUGGUUAUGGGAAGUCCCUGAUUUAUCGAGUCAUACCAUUCGUCAAUGAUUAUCUGAUGGACCAGCUCACUUUACCAAGUUGCAUUCUUGUUGUAACUCCGCUACAGUCUUUAAUGCUCGACCAAGUAUCAAAGCUUAGAGCAUUGGGUAUCAAUACGGCUGCCAUAUAUGCUGAUCAGUCAGAGGAAGUGCUGCUAGAAAUUGAAAAUGGAGGGGUAUAUAAUAUAAUAUUCACGUCACCCGAAUCAAUGUUGGCAACAUGUCGAUGGCGACGAUUUCUGUCCUCCACUGCAUUCAAGGAUUAUUGUGUCUGCGUUGCAUUUGAUGAAGCCCAUUGUAUAGCACAAUGGGUCUAUCACCAAGCAUUUGUUCUUAGGGGUCUUAAUGUUGGCCAACAAGCUCCCUUCAGAAAGUGGUAUGGUCAGCUUGGCGAAAUCAGAUCAUUUCUUGAUCAAUCAGUGAAGCUAGCUGUUUUCACUGCUACUGCUUCAAGAGCAACAAAAGCUGCUAUCUAUUCAGUUUUAAACUUGGAAAGUUCAUCAAUGCAUGUCAUUGAAAAGAGUCCAAUGAAGAAUAACUUGUUGUUCUUCAGCAAGUAUGUUAGCAAUGACACCAAGUUUGAGGUCCUAUUUUCAGAGUUGCUGGAUGAAUUGGCAGAAAAGGGUGUUGAAACAAUAAGGACUAUAAUCUUCUGUCAAACAAGAAACCAGUGUGCUCUUAUUUGGAGGACAUUCCAGCUGAAACUUGGGGAAAUGUUGUAUGCUGAUAGCAGUUCCAAUCUUCGAAGCAGGUUGGUGGAAAUGUUUCAUGCUGGUACUCCAUCUUCUGUUAAGGAGCAUGUGCUGAAAGAGGUUGGUGCUGAAAAAAGUUAUCUUCGAAUUUUAGUUGUGACAACAGCCUUUGGAAUGGGUAUCGAUUGCAAGCAAGUGCACAGGGUUGUACACUUUGGUCCCGCAAAAAGCAUUGAGGCAUAUAUUCAAGAAUGCGGCAGAGCUGGACGUGAUGGACAGAUUAGCUUCUGUUAUCUACUGUACAAUGGAUUUCUAACAAGUCAUUGUCAGUCUGACAUGAAGGAAUAUGUCACAAGUGAUAAAUGUAGGCGAAAGAAUAUUGAGAGCAUUUUCCCUGGCAGUCAUCCCAUAGCUACUACUCUUGGUUGUUUGUGCUGUGAUGUUUGUCUCUUGAAAUGUUCUUGUACCAAUCCAUGCUCUGCACAAAUCCUUCAUUUCUCAAAAAAGGAGGUUGUACCAGUCCCAACAAGAGUGAGAUUAGUAACACAGCAGCAAAAAGAUGAUCUGCUGAUGAGGCUUCUAUCAUUAAAAGAUGUGUUCAAACAAGAGUUCACCACAUAUCAAGAAAAAUCUACACCAAAGGUCAUGAUGGAGUUUACAGAUUUCCAUAUCAAUCAGAUUAUGCAGUGUUGCCAUCACCUGUUCAAUCUCGAUGAUGUCCUAUCAAAAAUAGAAAUAUGGCGAAUGAAACAUGCAUCCCUGAUUUUCCAGUUAUUGAAUGAAACGUUUGGUGAUAUGGAAGUCCCUGAUGAUUUGAACCCUGAUGCAACAUUAUUUGAUCAUCUUGAAGAUGAAAUUGAAGACCACUGGCUUGACAUAAGGGAUGAAUCUGAUAUUAUGUCAUUUGGUGAUGUGGAUCUUGGUGAAAUUGACAGAGCCAUUGAAUCAAUUGACCAGUCUGGGACUCAAGAUCAUUCAUUGGGAUCUAUCAUUGAUUACCAUGGGGUGAAACCUUUCAUUCAUGAUGAAAAUGAUGAGCCAAUGGAGGUAUAAGUGACGUCUAAA